AUGUCUACCAUUACCAAGACCCAGCCCUGGAAGGCGUUUCCCCGCGAGCUCUCUGCCAAUGCGGUCAAAUUGACUCCAGAGGAGCUCAACAUCCAGCGCUCCUACGGCACCCAUGCGUCCAACACAAAGGGGCGCAUUUUUACUAUUGAUGAAAAGACUCAGCCCUGGAAGGUCAACUGGCCUUCUGCUGGUGUUGAGGCACCCAUCCUGACCGAGGAAGAGUUGAACAUGCAGCGUUCCUAUGGCACCCAUGCGUCCAACACCAAGGGUCGUCUCUUUACCUUUGACAGCAAGCCAUUAUCAACUCUCAGUUAG